UAGAAACUCUCGAUAGAGACAGUAAUGAAGAUGAGAUUUAAAAGCUGUUUUUUCAUCCUAGUCACGAUGUGUUCAGGCAAACUCUUUGCAGAAGCAAAGGAUACUCAUGCUUCUGGAUGAAAUAAAGAGUAAAAUAAAUGUGUCCUGCAUCAGUUUUGCCCAGUUCACAUUAGGAAGUUUCAAUCUACAGCUGAUAUUCCUGUGAACCUAAAGAACAAAAGCUGAUAAAACUGUAAUAUAUCUUAAUUUCAUCAAGUCUUAAAAGGCUCCUCAUUCUUGUAAACCUUGUGACUUGCCACACAUAGAAAAUGGGAAGAUUGCCCAGUACUAUUACAGUUUCAAAAGUUAUUAUUUCCCUAUGCAUAAAGACAAAAAGCUUUCCUAUUCCUGCAUGGUGGGUUAUACAACUGAAACUGGGACUCAAGAUGGAAGAAUAACUUGUACAGCAAAAGGAUGGUCUCCAGUGCCACGAUGCUACAGAAAAUGUAGCAAGCCUCUUUUGGAAAAUGGCUUUUUUUAUGGCACAGAAAUGUACUUCAAAAUCCAUGAGAAAUUGCAAUACAAAUGUAAUCCAGGCUAUCACACUCCAAGUGGUGGUACUGAAGAUACAGUACAGUGUCAACCAGAAGGAUGGUCCUUCCAGCCAAGCUGUACUGAAAAAUUUGAGUCAUGUCAAGUGCCCAAUUUACAUCACGGCAGCUACUUCACAGCCCAGAAGGAGCUUCGAGUGAACGAAACGCUGCUGUACCGGUGCGACGAGGGAUAUCGUACGGCGGGAGGGAGCGCUACAGAGGCAGCAGUGUGUCUGACAUAUGGGUGGGCCCUUACUCCAAACUGCACCAGAAUAACUUGCUCCUCUUUGAGUGCAGUAGCUCAUGGAGGUUUCUAUCCUGUGAAGAAAAUCUAUGAAGAGGGAGAUGUAGUUCACUUCUUCUGUGACAAACAUUAUUCUGUCACUGAAUUUGACUUAAUUCAAUGUUAUAAUUUCGGGUGGCAUCCAGACCCUCCUGUGUGUGAAGAUGUAAAAAAUAAAUGUCCUCCACCCCCACUUCCUCCUCAUGGGCAUAUCACCACAGUUAGAAGAACAUAUCAUAAUGGAGACAAAGUUCGCAUACAGUGCCAAAGGACCUUUGAAAUAAGAGGAUCUGAGGAAAUCCAGUGUGAAGAAGGAAAAUGGACACCACCCCCUAUUUGUAUUGGAGCUAUGGAUAAACAGGAGUCUGAGGCCCCACCAUCACUGAAGUCAGAUGCAGCAAUAAGGGCAAACAAAACACAUGGCAAUGAAGAAAUGAAAAUGCAGCAAGACUGUACCUCUCCACCUGUGAUUAAAAAUGGUGCUGUCCUUGGUCCAUUACUGGCAAGUUACAAAACUGGUUCCUCAGUAGAAUAUGGUUGUCAGCGUUACCACUUUUUGGAUGGCCCUAGAACUGUUUACUGUGAUCAAGGAAACUGGACAGAACAACCAAAUUGCUUAGAACCAUGCACUCUUAAUGUAACUGAUAUGGACAGCAACAACAUAGAGUUGAAAUGGAGACAGGAAGAGUUAAUUUUCCUACAUGGAGAUCUCAUAGAGUUUGAAUGUAAACAGGGAUAUAAUUUUCUCCACACUACCAUUCUGUCUCCUGGGAGGACACAGUGUGACCAUGGCAGACUGAAAUAUCCAAAAUGUGUUAUGCAAGCUCCUACAGAAAAAUGUGACUCUCCACCAUCUAUUGCAAAUGGAGCUCUUAUUCUCCCACCACUGACCCAGUAUGACAGUGGUUCCUCAGUUCAGUAUAGUUGCUCUAACUAUCAUUUUUUGGAAGGAUCUGAGAGAAUCUACUGUUCUAAAGGGCAGUGGACUUUGCCACCAGUUUGUAUAGAACCAUGUACUUUGUCAAAAAAUGAAAUGGAGAAAAAUAAUGUGCUGCUGCAAGGCUUCUAUGCAAAUCAGGUUUACUUUUACCACGGGGAUUAUGUUGGAUUUUACUGUAAACAGAACCAUUUUGGAGCAGAAUCCGGUACAACUUUAUUUCAAGUACAGUGUAAGAGAGGACAGCUGACAUAUCCGAGGUGUGUUGAAAGAGGAAAAUAAGUCUGGACUCCAGGAAAGGCUAUAGGAAAGGUAAGGAGACUCUAAAGGACAAGGUUUGAGGAACAAGAUAAACGAGAAAGUAUUAAAAAAAUUCUUUAAGGGAUCUAUAAGACCAUUUAAAACAUAAUAAUAUGCAAAUUUUACUGAGUUGUUAAAAUAUUAAGAGUGAUAAUUCAGAAUAUUAAAAUAUCCAAUCCAACUACUUCGUAUGAUUUCCUAUGACACUUAUAUAUGGGUAUCCUUAAGGCUCUGCCUGUGAACAUGUGUGAGUGAAGAUAUGAAGAAAAUUCAGGAAUGUGGACAAUGUUUGCCUUGCACCCAUUUUAGCUGGUUUUAAUAAAAUAGCCACUAUAAGGGUUUCUUCUGUAUUUUAUGUCUAAACUCCAUCUGUCUGUGAAAUCAGUGCAUGUAUGGUGUUCUGUAUGGGUUUCCAAGGUUUUUGCAAGUGUUACAUGAAUAA